UAACAAAUAGCUGUUCUUAUAUACAGAAAGAAAAUGUCUAAAGUAAUUUCAGCUCAAAAAACAACAACCUGUGAAACAAAACAGUGGUUGUCACAGUACAACAUGGACUUCCCAAGAAUGGGCCUUUGCUUAAUAAUUGAUGUAAAUCAAAAUGACGACAAAACAUGUUUGUCGCAGCCACAAAUGAGAGAAGAUUUACAAACUGCCAAACACACCUUUGAAAGUUUGGGCUUCAAGGUUAAAAUAGAACCCAUUAAGACACUUAAUAAAGUGUUGUCUUUAUUAAAGGAUGUUGCCAAAGAGGACCACAGCGAGAACAGUUGCUUUGUUUGUAUAGUUUUGAUCCAUGAAACUGAUCUCAUAUUUGACAAGUAUGAUUCCAGACAAUUCACAGGGGGAUUCACAGGGGAUAAGUGCAGAACUCUUGCAGGAAAACCAAAGAUAUUCUUUAUAUUGGUAAAAAGUUAGAUCCUAAACACUGGUACUUGAAGAAUCUCUGCACAAUGUUGCUGGAAUAUGGACAUACAACAAGCCUGGUGACUAUUAUAACACACGUAAAUGGCUUGACUGCACAACAGUAUGAAGCCUUUGGGUUGGAUGAUCCGGCAUUUCUUACCACCAUGCUCACCAAAGCAAUUGUGUUCCCUAGAAAAAUAGACACAUGAAUAGUACUGUGUCAGAAGGGAGUUUAACAUGUCUGCCAAGGGAGGUCAGAAAAUUAAAGUAAUGUGCAUGGUGUUAUAGUAAAAAUAAAAAAAAUAAACAGAAAUGUGGUUUUAUUUGGUUUUCAAUUGUUGUGAACACUUGUAGGAUACAG